AUGGCUUCAAUUCCGCUCCCUACACUUAAUUUAUCAACGAAGUUGUCGCCGAUUAGUUUUAACUUUAGUGCUAGAAAUAUAUCAGCGUUCAAUUCGUUUGCUGUCAAGUUUACGCUGCUGAAGAGUAAUCGAAGGAGUCAUAAAUAUGUUUGCCGAGCUGCCUCAGUUGUUUUUCGCGAUCUUGAUGCUGAUGACUUUAGGCAUCCUCUUGAUAGACAGAACACGUUGCUUUUGAGGGCGAUUCCGGGGUUAAACGAGAUUGGAAAAGCUUUAUUAGGAACUGUUGCUGAACAAGUCAUGCUUUUGGAGAAUAUAGGGACAUCGGUUCUUGUUGCUGAAAAUCAGCUCCCUGAACUUUAUCAGUUGAUGGUAGAGGCUGCCAAAAUACUGAACAUAGAGGCACCCGACUUAUAUGUACGUCAAAGCCCCGUGCCCAAUGCUUACACUCUGGCUAUCAGUGGUAAAAAACCGUUUGUUGUUGUUCACACGAGCUUAGUGGAGCUGCUGACGAGAAAGGAGCUUCAGGCUGUCUUGGCUCAUGAGUUGGGUCAUCUGAAAUGUGAUCAUGGUGUGUGGCUGACAUUUGCGAAUAUUCUUACACUUGGGGCCUAUACUCUACCUGGUCUUGGUGGUCUGAUAGCUGAGAGAUUAGAAGAACAACUUUUCCGCUGGCUCAGGGCUGCAGAAUUUACUUGUGAUCGAGCAGCCCUCCUUGUUGCUCAAGACCCAAAGGUGGUCAUCUCAGUCCUAAUGAAAUUAGCUGGCGGCUGCCCCUCUAUGGCGGAUCAAUUAAAUGUUGAUGCUUUCUUGGAUCAAGCUCGCUCUUAUGACAAGGCUUCUUCAAGCCCCGUUGGGUGGUACAUAAGGAAUGCUCAAACAAGGCAACUUUCACAUCCUCUUCCCGUUCUGCGUGCACGUGAGAUUGAUGAAUGGUCCAGGAAAAAAAAUCCCUUGAGUGCUCGUACAGAUAUUUGCUGCAAGAUAGAUGCUACACUGGUUUUGGCUGCUCACUGCAUCCGAAGCACGCCAUACGCAAGUUGUAAAAUUGUCCGUUAA